CCGGCCCGGGAGGCUGCAAUAUGGCGGAGGCGGAAGGGGAGACCCUGGAGUCCUGGCUGAAUAAAGCCACCAAUCCUUCUAACCGCCAGGAGGACUGGGAAUACAUAAUUGGCUUCUGUGAUCAGAUCAACAAAGAGCUUGAAGGGCCACAGAUCGCCGUCCGACUGCUGGCCCACAAGAUCCAGUCUCCACAGGAAUGGGAGGCGGUCCAGGCCCUGACGGUACUGGAAGCGUGUAUGAAGAACUGUGGGAGGAGAUUUCAUAACGAAGUAGGGAAGUUCCGUUUUUUGAAUGAGUUAAUCAAAGUCGUCUCUCCAAAGUACUUCGGGGACAGGGUGUCUGAGAAAGUGAAGACCAAGGUUAUCGAGCUGCUUUAUAGCUGGACAAUGGCCCUGCCGGAAGAAGCAAAGAUCAAAGAUGCCUACCAUAUGUUGAAGAGGCAGGGCAUAGUGCAGUCUGACCCGCUGAUCCCUGUGGACCCAACGCUGAUCCCCUCUCCACCACCUCGCCCCAAAAACCCCGUUUUUGAUGAUGAGGAGAAAUCCAAGCUUUUAGCUAAGCUGCUGAAAAGCAAAAACCCAGAUGACCUGCAAGAGGCCAACAAGCUCAUCAAGUCCAUGGUGAAGGAAGAUGAGGCGCGGAUCCAGAAAGUGACCAAGCGUAUGCACACUUUAGAGGAGGUUAACAACAAUGUGAAACUGCUCAACGAGAUGCUGCUGCACUACAGCCAGGAGGACUCCUCGGAGGGGGACCGAGAGCUCAUGAAGGAGCUCUUCGAUCGGUGUGAGAAUAAGAGGCGGACGUUAUUUAAACUGGCCAGUGAGACAGAAGACAAUGACAACAGUUUGGGGGAUAUCCUACAGGCCAGUGACAACCUCUCCCGGGUCAUCAACUCUUAUAAAACAAUUAUUGAAGGGCAGGUCAUCAACGGUGAGGUGGCCACCUCCCCCAUGCCUGACUCUGAAGGAAACCACCUCUCCAGUAACCCAGGCGCUCUCAUUGACCUUGCUGAGUUGGAUGCACCCAACAGUUCGUCCCCAGUGUUGGUGCCAGCAUCUGCCCCACCCUCCUCAGGCAUCCCUGUCCUCCCCCCACCCCCACACACCUCUGGUCCUCCACGCAGCCGCUCAUCCAGCCAGGCCGAGGCCUCCCCAGGGCCCAGCUGCACAAGCAACGCUCUCUCCUUGCUGGACGAGGAGCUGCUCUGCUUGGGCCUCACUGACCCAGCCCCUAGUGCUCCUCCCAAAGAUUCAGCUGCCAAUAGCCAGUGGCACCUGUUCCAGAGUGAACAGGCCGACCUGGACUUCUUCCCCAAGCCGGGGACUGCUGCCAGCUGCUCCUCAGACAGUCCCCUGCUUCAGCCCUCAGCCCCCACCUCGAGCAACUCCCAAGCUCCCCUGCCGCCUCCCUUCCCAGCUUCUGUGGUCCCUGCCAGCAUUCCUGCCCCUUGUGUGGGCUCCUUAUCGUUCUCAACAGGACUGGCCUCAGCUUUAGCCCCAGAAGCUGGGCCUGCAGCCCCUGGGUACCAUGGCUCAGCAUUGGGUGGCAGCACCUUGCACCAUCUGGAUGCCCUUGAUCAGCUUCUGGAGGAGGCCAAAGUGACCUCGGGCUUGGUGAAACCUUCCUCCUCCCGCUUCUCCCCUGGGGCUACUGCCCCCCCUCUGAUCCCCACCACCACCAUCCCAUCCAGGUCUCUCCUGCCCUUCUCCACGGGGCCCAGCAGCCCUCUCUUCCAGCCACCGGCCUUCCAGUCCCAGGGCAGCCCCAUGAAGGGGCCCGAGCUCUCCCUGGCCAGUGUCCAUGUGCCCCUGGAAUCAAUCAAGCCUAGCAGUGCCCUCCCCGUGACAGCCUAUGAUAGACACGGCUUCCGCGUCCUCUUCCACUUUGCCAAGGAGUGUCCACCAGGACGGCCUGACGUGCUGGUGGUCGUCGUGUCCAUGCUAAAUACGGCCCCCCUGCCUGUCAAAAGCAUUGUGCUGCAGGCCGCAGUGCCCAAGUCAAUGAAAGUGAAAUUGCAGCCACCCUCUGGGACAGAUCUCUCUCCAUUCAGCCCCAUCCAGCCACCUGCAGCCAUCACUCAGGUCAUGCUGCUGGCCAAUCCACUGAAGGAGAAGGUGCGGCUUCGGUAUAGGCUGACCUUCACCCUGGGGGAGCAGCUGAGCACAGAGGUGGGCGAGGUGGACCAGUUCCCUCCUGUGGAGCAGUGGGGGAACCUAUGACCUCAAAGGACGCUGUGAUCUCCACUUUGAAGCCCCAAGAGAGGGAGUUCCGGUCAGCGCUCCACAUCCUGACGUGGAACAGGGGCCCUGAGCAUUUCUGCUGGGAGCCAAGCUGCUGCUGUGAGAUAAUCUCCUUCAACCCCUAAAAGGACCUGUUUUUAUCUACCUGUGUGACUUGAAGUGGCCAUACACCGUCAGGGUGGGGAGGAGUGGCCCCUGACUUCACUACUGUUCUGGGAACUCGGGCCCCAGGCUUGGGGUAGGUUUUUCCCUUUCCUUAAUGGCAUUCCCUGAUGCCCCAGGGGGGUGGUCUCUAAAGAGAGAUUAUCUGCCCCCUCAAAGGACCAAGUCCUCACACACACCCACAGCACAGCUUGGAGGCCUCUGUGCUUCCCCUGCUGGCAGGUUCCUGUUGCCACCUCCAGUGAUGGGGGCAAACCCAGUGACCCAGUUGUUAUCUGCAGAUUCGCCAACCCUGCCUUCUGUGGGCAGCCGCAUCCUGGAAUGACCACUGAAUGAUGAGCUGUGCACUUGUCCCUGUUGAUGGCAGGCUGUGUCCUAUGGACAUAGCAGGACAUGGGACUCGGCCUAGUAGAAACAGAAUGUGGUCUCAUGACAACCUGAACUAGGGAUGGGAAAGAAAAUGGAAGAAAACCAGUGUUUCUCCUUCUCCAAAAGCAGGCACUCAGAGCUUUCUGGGAGAAGCCUGCCUCCUGCAAUGGGGACAGGCCAUCUUAUUGACUACCUCUUGCUUGGCAUGAAAUAAAGUGCUGUCCUCCUCUUAAAGGCUGAUGAGGAGGACUCCCGCCACCCUCUGCCUCUUCCUGCUAUGGCCUCCCCCUCCUCCCACCAGAUGGCAUGUGGUAUGGCAUCUACGGAUGGAUGCCGGAGGCCUCAGGAUAAAGCACGUUGCACUAGACUUAUGUCCCUAUGUGCUGCCCAGAAACCAGCUUCCCCAGCUGCUGCAGGCCACUGUUGGCGAGAUGUUGGGUCUGGAGGUGAUGAGAUCAGGGCCAUGCUUGAAAGGAGUCACCAGACCCUAUUGCUUCAACAGUGCUUGUUGGUCCCAGCUGCUCCACCUGCUGGGCAAGCCUGGGCCAUGGAUGCAAGGCCUCACGAGGCAAAAGGAAACAGACCUACCAGCUGCUGCAGAAGCUGGGGAAGAGCACACAGCUCGGCUGAGCUCAGCUGCAUGGGCUCAGCUAUCGUACAUCUCUGAGAGGAGGUGGCAGAAGCCACAUCCUUGAUCUCUCCCUGCCCCUUGCCGGGCUUCUUUACUCUGUAUCAAGAGGUCACUCUACCCUCCCUUUUCCUCCCCUUGUGGUCUUUAGCAAGCAGGUUUCACUGCUUCAUUAGGACAGGUCAAAAAUGAAUGAAUCAUUUUCGCUACUUAAUAAAUCCAAGAGCUUUCCAGAGACUGGCUGCUGCAGCCCUGGAAAUGUCUAGGGGAUUACUGUGUGGAAAUGUAUCUUUACAACGAACCUUAGACUUUAAAAUUAUUUAUGAGUGUUACUUGUUCUAUCUGAGUCACUGCUUUGUGGCAAACAGCUGUACUAGAUAUAUCAACCCUGCGCCCUUGUUUUGCUGCAUGUUAAAUAAAACCAUUUCACCCUA